CUCAUGUGAUCGCUAUGCAUGCGCAUGUGUUCAGCAAUUAACAGCAUAACAGCCUUGUAAUCUUUUCAGCCUGGUUCACGGCUUCUCCAUGUAAAGAACAUGCGCUCGCUAGCAACCGUUGAUGUAUCUAUGGCACGGAUACGUUCUAGAAUGCUUUUGACUCACUGACCAACGGGAAAUUGACUUAAUUUUACUAGUUUGUGAUGUGCACUGUGCGUACACAGCACCUGGUCGAAUAAUUGUGGGAGGAUCAUCGGUCCAUGCUCAAUAUAUAAUACUGCGCCGGACAUGCUCAACACUCCUCGUACGUUACAUAUUCAUAUUGCCUCGUCGUAAUGGAUAUCAUUCAAGCACAACAAAUGACGAUGUCAUACUACGCCAUGUUGGUGCCAAGCACCAUCCUGAUAUACGAUCACAUGGCGACCCUCACAGAAGAAAUUGCUUUUAUUUGGUGUCGUCCGAAGGCACUAUCUGCAGUGUUGUUCCUCCUCAAUCGCUAUGUCGCUCUGCUCGGAAAUAUAUAUGGCUUAAUUGGGGAUUUUCUGCCUACCUCAGAUGAGAGCUGUCCGACAUAUGUGCUAUCGAAACAAGUCCUCGUUUUUUCCCAAGCAAUUAUAGUCUGCCUCAUAUUGACUCUUCGUACUUAUGCUCUCUACGGCCGUAGCAAGCGCCUGCUUGCUUUCUUGGGAAUUAUCGGCCUUGCUUUUGCGGGAGGAGCUGCUGCGGAGACCUUUGGUUCAUAUCCAAGCACUGUGACCAACGUGCCAGGAGGCUGCUAUGAAACAUUCACAGCAGAUACAAACAUCCGUCUCGGGCUUGCAUGGGUGGUCCUAUCUGUUUAUGAGUCACUCAUCUUUGUCCUCACGGUGUCCAGAAUUUUCGGGAUCAGAGGAUUCCUGCGGUUAUCUCUGACAAUGUCGAGAAGAAACAUUAUUGUUGUCAUAUUUCAGGACGGCGCAUUGUACUUCGGAGCGAUGACACUGUUCAAUAUACCAAAUAUCCUGACAUACUUCGGUGGUUCAGAUAUCAUCAGGGGUAGCCUGAGCACAUUUACUAGCUGCAUGUCUGUUACUUUAAUCUCGCGGCUAAUGCUUAACCUGCACAAAUCUAUCGACACUGGCAUUUUCUCCGCCCCCACCUGGGACGAUGACGACGCCCUCGCUGUUCUUACUACUAGGGUCGACGUACAGUCCACGAUUUCCUCUCACCAUUGGUAGGCUUAGCUGGAUGCCAAAAUACGGAUAUUCUUUUUGGGAGUGCAAAGCUUGUUUGAAUCCUUUUUGGAGACCUUUACAUCCCAUUAACAUUGUUGUCGUGUGGGGGCAGUGCCCUAUGUGGACCAUAUAUCUCCGUAUGUACUGCUAGAUCGUGUUAGUAGGCUACAAAGGCGUAGAGGAGCAAGACG